GUAGUUCACAAAGUGACAUUGGUCCAUCCCAAUCUAGUUAACUUGUCGGACUCGUGUAUGCUUCUAAGAGAGUGUGUACCAAUAAUCUAUUCAAAGGUCGCUCUGCCCCCACCUAAGGUCUAGCUCUGCCGUACUAAUGUCAGUGUGCUUCUGCGAUGUGACUGUGAAAACUUCACAAUACUUCGAUACGAUCCUUGCAAAUUUCCAGAAGCUAUCCUCCGAUAGCUCAGUUGUCCUAAGCCUGUCUUGGACCCUCAGUAAACGUCCAGACAUACCUGAAAGAGUGAAUCAGAGGAACGCUGAUGUCUGACGAGAAUGUGUCUUUUUUCUAUAAAGCUCCGAGGACGAUGGAAGUUAGUCGCAAUAGCAUGUCCUACUUCUUGACGAUGUCCGCAUAAUGGUUGGGAGUAGACUUGGCAGAUGCCACAAACUUCACUUACUGUCUGAGGAGUACCGAUUAGACGAUUCAGAAUUUUGAGCUUGCAUAGUAAUAGCAUCGAUUCAACUGGUGGCUAUGCAAUCCUCUCUGCCUCAAUAUGCAUCGAAAUCGUUCCGCCUCCUGACUUCAGGAUGUCUCUCAUAUGGUGUGGGUGAUGAGUCCAGUCGAUUGUCCACAUACAGCUCUUUGUUCCAGAAGAUAUUUGUCCAUCCAUUCUCUUGAAGUCAAGCCGACUCGUACGUGAUGUUGUGACAAAUUUUUCUGAUUCUACAGUUUCAAACAUUUUAGUCUUUGCCUUGUGUGAUGUGGACGAGAUUUGCUUGCUCCUGUAAGGCACCGGCUGCAUACAAGUGAGCGCAUCAACAGCGUUGCAGACCAUGUAAAAACACAAAUUGGAAUGCACGAUGUGAUGUUUGGGGUCCUCAUUUAGCCCAAGGUAUUAGAAUUCGAGCUGUUUUUGGCCAGGAGAGUGGUAUCCAAUGGGGCAGUUUUACCCUGAGCCGUCGUUUCGGAGCUUCAAGGCAUAUGGAAAUGCACUCUCAGAAACACCUUGGAGGUUUUACCAGCGCCUCGUGACCAGGUCUUCCUUGGGAGAGGAAACAGGGGACAUGGUGAGGCGUAGCGGAAGUGGCAUGAAGAAAAAUCUUACGUGGUGGGAUUUGAUGUGGUUCACCAUCGGUGCAGUCAUAGGCGCAGGAGUGUUCGUUCUCACGGGCCAAGAGGCCAACCAAACAGCUGGUCCUGCAGUUGUACUCUCAUACGCUGCAGCAGGAUUUGCUGCUAUGCUCGCUGUUCUUGCUUACACCGAAUUCGCCUGCGAGAUUCCCGUAGCGGGAGGAUCGUUUGCUUAUCUAAGAGUCGAGCUAGGCGAUUUCGUGGCGUUCAUCGGAGCCGGCAACAUAAUUCUCGAGUACAUCGGAGCAGGUGCUGCCGUCGCUCGAGCAUGGACAGAUUACUUCACAUCCUUGAUCGACAAGCAGGCCGACGACCUCCGAAUUUCAACAGACCUGGCGGACGGGUACAAUCUGUUGGACCCGCUGGCUGUGGGGGUGCUGCUGGUAACCAUGCUCAUAGCCAUUUACAGCACCAAGGGAUCAUCCAUUCUCAACUGGGUAGCGUCCAUCAUCAACAUGGUUAUCAUACUCUUCGUCAUUGUGGCCGGGCUGCGGUUUGCUGACACGGACAACUACACGCCGUUUAAUCCCUACGGCGCGCACGGUAUCUUCAGGGCGGCUUCUGUGCUCUUCUUCGCCUACUUGGGGUUCGACGCCGUGUCCACCAUGGCCGAGGAAACGAAGAACCCCGGCCGAGACAUCCCCAUCGGCCUGGUGGCAGCCAUGGUCAUCACCACAGUCAUCUACUGCCUCAUGGCCCUGACCCUUUGCCUCAUGGUCCCGUAUGAACAGAUCAACCCGCGGGCGGGCUUCUCGUACGCCUUCGAAUCCGUGGGCUUGAACUGGGCCAAGUACCUGGUUGCGCUCGGCGCGCUAAAGGGCAUGACCACGGUCAUUCUCGUCAGCAAUGUCGGCCAGGCUCGUUACCUGACCCACAUAGCGCGGACGCAUAUGGUGCCGCCGUUCUUUGCCAACGUGAACGCCUGGACCAAAACGCCCAUUAACGCCACGGUGGCCAUGACCCUGGCCACGUGUGUAGUGGCCUUCUUCACGGACCUGUCCAUCCUGGGCAACCUUCUGUCCGUCAGCACUCUCUUCAUGUUCUCGCUAGUUGCACUGGCGCUCUUGAUCCGGAGAUACUACGACCCGGUUCAGACCACCCCGCGCGAGCUCGGAGUUCUCGUGGCCAGCUUGAUCGUCAUCAUCGGCGCCUCGGUGGCAAUAGCGGGAUACUGGGCCUCCACCACGGAAAGUGAGGACUGGGUGGGCUACGUCAUCGCCGUUCCGAUCUGGGCUCUGGGCACCGCUGCCAUCCAGUUCUUCUGUCCGAAGCGUCGGAUUCCCAAAGUUUGGGGAGUUCCUUGGGUGCCGUGGCUCCCGUCACUGACCAUCGCGUUCAAUUUUUUUCUGCUUGGAUCCAUGGACAAAGACUCAUACAUCCGCUUUGCGGUAUGGACUGCUGCCAUUCUUGUCUAUUACUUCUUCGUUGGGCUGCACGCAUCGUAUGAUGCCGCGGUUGAACUGAGACUGGUGGGCGUUGACGAGCACCUCUCGGAUCCAGCGACCGUCCCUUCUGAUCUUACUGCCAGUGUUCAUGACGAGUAUGACAAUGAUCUCAAACCGAAGCAGCCUCCUCAGCUUUCGGCUGAUGACACAAAUGGGACGAAAACUGGUCCUUGAAAAGUAUGGAUUGACUGUAAUAGUGAAAGAGAGUCACUCAUGCACAGGCUUAGCACAAUAUAGUUCGAUUACUGUCACAAGAAGCUAACCGCAAAUAGUGCUAGCUUUUUUGUAUCACAAGACCCUGUCGAUAUACUUUUCAUUUCAUGCAUACGCGUUCAAAUCUAUCUGCUGUUGCACAUCGUCCUGCUCUCGUGAACACACAUUGAUAAAAUGUGACGACUGACAUGAAGAGCUAGAAGACAGUUAUUGCAUAUUUGCAUAUGCUCUGUCAAAUUUUGACAGAGCUUUUGAUUGUUUAGGCAAACCGGCUGAUGAGGAUGGAAUGAAUUUGCUUUAGUCAUGUUUGAAUUACUCACCAUUCUCCUCCCGUUUCAGAGUUUCCGGUUCUGUUGCUAGAAAGGAGUUGCAGCGGAGAAAGAGGUUAUGGUAGUCAGGAAGCAAAUAUGCAGCUGAGCGAUUCUCGUACAAAGAGAAGAACACGUGACAUCGUCUAGACAUCAAUCAUGGCAAGGAGGCUGUUCAAUCUCUUCGAGACAAAAGCAGAUAAAGUAUGUUCAUGAGGUCAAAAUAAGACAAUUCAGCGAGAAUUGUUUCAAUACCCGAACGGCUUUUAGCAAAUUUGUAGUCACUGCUCUCCCAUUUCAUCAGCUGGGGCAUACUGUUGUAUUCCUGGCCACGCUCUUUCAUACUCUGAUGGAUAUUGUCAACGCUACUAGAUAGGUCUACAGCAACUACACAUUUUCAGAUGAGACCCCAAAGUUUCCUUUCAUAUACAUAUUACGGCCGUUCGAAGUGCUUUUGACGUUAUUUAGACAUAUUGGCUCUCAAACGACUCAGAAAAAUCUCAUACGAAAAAAUUAGAGAAAGUCUGUCAGGGUACAUUUGACCAGCUCAAUGUACCAAUGUCCGAAACCGAAUGUUGGUAAAUAUAUUCUGUAGUCUUUACGCAGCCUACACCCUGUUAUGACCAAGUCUUUUUGGUACAGACGAUUUAGCAUGGCGAAAUAUUGAGCAGACUGCCAUCUCACUUUGCCACUUGAUUGUGUUCAUGGAAAGUUAAUUUCCUACUUAAAAC